UCGGGUUUCUGGUGUGCAUGUAAACGUGUGCUCACGGUGUCAGACUGAACUCUGGGAUGGAUGUUUGAGGAGAAUCAGUGCCACGUCUGAAGAAGGGCGGAGCGAGCGAGGACGCGACGCGACGCGACGCGACGCCCUUCAUCUUCACGCUCGAGCCUGCCUCCGCGUCAGCUCUGCGCUGUAUCGACUCCGACACGCGUUCAAACUUCAGCAAAAGACACUUUCGUUCGUUUAGGGACUCUGAACUGCCAGCGUGCGAGUUUGUGAGGAACUGAAGUCGUUCUUCUAGAAGUUCCUGUGAAUACAGCAAUCAGAGGAGUCUGUCCCGCGGACACAACGCGAACGCAACGCGCCGCUCGCUGAGCAGUAAGCAUCGCAACGCAGGGAACGAUGGCAGCGAAGAACAGAAACAAGAACAGCUCGCAGCCGAACAGCAGCGAGAAGCCGCCCGCCAGCAGCCCGCAGAGCGCGCAGAGAGCGCAGAGCAACGCGUCGGGCUCGCUGCUGAAGCUGCUGUCCGCGCUGAGCUACAUGGGCUUCGUGGCUGGGACCGUGAUCGUGUCCGUGUGCUUCUAUCAGGAGCUGUCCGAGAUCAAGCACAGCAGCUCCAGACACGAGCAGUGCGUGCAGAAGAGCGCAGACGCGCAGCAACAGAUCAGGUCUAUGCAGGCGUCUCUGGAGGCUCUGGAGAGCGCAGUGCUCGGCGUCAGGACUGAUCUGGAGCGCACCGGCCGAGCCGCGCAGAAAGGAGAGGACAACACCCGGCGGCUGGAGGACUCGCUCCAGAACCUCCAGAGCAAGAUCUCCCAGGAGCUGACGCAAGCCAUCCGGGAGGUGAAGGAGGCGCGGGAGAAGCACGCCUUGUCCCUGGAGGAGCGCCUGUCCCAGCUGAGCCACUCCACAGCUGAGUCCUCCGUCCAGCAGAGCCAGUUCCAGAGCGAGCUGCAGGAGCUCAGGGCUCGUCUGGAGCAGCAGGAUGCUCCGGCGCUCCUCAGGCAGGAGCUGGAGUCCCUCAGCAGCGCCGUAGCCACGCUCCACACCGCCAGCGAGGUGUCCGAGGGGAACAUGGCCGUGCUGCGCGAGCAGAUUGCAGCGGUGAGCGCUGAGCAGCAGACAAGGAACAGGGAGGUGGCGUCUGUGUCUGAGGACGUGGAGGCCGUGAGGACGCUGCUGCAGAGCGCCGCAGGGAGCCUGAGGGACGAGAUGUCCGCGGCUCGAGCCGACGCUCAGAGCGCCUCGGACCAGACCCAGAGCCUCAGCGACCGGCUGGAGCACACCAGCACUGCCCUCCAGAGCCUGGAGACGCACUCCAGAGACCAGCUGCUCCAGCUGGAGAAGCACAGAGAAGACGUGGCGGGCCGGCUGAAGAGUGUGGAGGAGAGCCAGGAGGGCAUGGAGUCCUCACUGACGGAGCAGACCAACAGACUGAACGCUCUCACGGCCAAGCACGAAUCCCAGCAGCGCUCGCUGGGUGAUUACAAGACGACCGCCGAGACAGAGAGCCAGGCGCUGAGAGACGGACUGGACGGCUUGAGGAGCCGCCUGGAGGAGCUGCAGACCCAAGUAUCUGAACUGGACGCUGGUCAAGAGAAAGAAGCAGUCGAUGCAUUUAAAAACGUUACUUAGUGAGCCUGAGAUGAGCUGCUGGAGGCAGAAGCGGUCGUUCAGGAUGAUGGGUGCUGUGGGUGGUGGAAACGUGAAAGCUGUCUAUCAGAGCGAUGAAUGGGUGAACUGCUGUCUCUUACGUCGAGACACAACUGCACUGUAGUUCAUAGCUGCUCAGAGGUUUUCCAGGGCUAUCGGUCAUUCUCUCUCUGAGCUCAUCACCAUUGUAGUGGUUUUCCAAUAAAAUGAUUAAAACCCUUCCAUACUAGCAUGUCUUUAUCUAAU